UUUUGCAACGCACUCUCUCUCCUCUCUUUCUCUCUCUAAAAUUUUGGGUUCUAGGGUUUAACAGUGAUUUAAACCGGUCCUGCUUGUUUUAAUUUAAUGUGAUUAAUUAAUGAACGACCACUUUCUCUCUCUAGACCACUCUCUCUUUCACAACAAUCUCAUAUCUAGGGUUUAAAGCGAAUUACGUACUCAGAAUCAAUCGUCUAUGUCUGGAUUUAGCUGUGAUUAGUUGGCAUUUGGUCAUUAUUGGACUCUGAAUUUAUAUGGGUUUGGCCUGCAAACUAGGAAGCUGAAGAUCAAUCUUGAAGAAAAGAGGAGCUAAGAGGACGUGGUUGUGCCACGUACAUCUGGAACAAAAGCGGGAACAAGUGGAUUAUAGAUAACGAGGGACUUAGGGUUUUUAAAAGAAACAAUAAAGUAUUGAGUUUAGAAAUCAAAUAAACGGUCUGUGUUUUUCGUAGAGAGAUUUUUAUUUGUUUUUUAUUUCUUCACUGUUGGAGAAGAAAAUCCUGUGGAUUUUACGAGGCUGUGGUGCUUCGUUUGGAGAAAGCCCAUUUGUUGCAAGUUUUGAUGUGUGAUCUCUGUUCUUUGGGUGGUGCAGUGGAAACAGCAUCUCCUCUCCUGGUUGUCCUGUUGGUGGGGGCGUUCAUGUUAUUUAUGCUUUAAACUCCUUGCUCAAUGAUCAUCUGCGUUUUAUGCCAGCAAGGAAAUUGUGUUUAGGUGGAGAAGUGAGAUCUUUGAGUUUUGAAGUGGAUUGCUUUUGGCCGUGUCUGCCCCUAAGAUGUGUUUGUGAUUCAAGAUGGUAUUAGUGGAGGUGAGGGAGUGUGGUGGAAGCCGGAGAAUUCCUCCAUUUCUUGGUUGCGUGUGUUCUGGGCUUCAUGCAGCUAUAGGUGGAUGAUAAUGGAGGGUUCAUCUGAGUCUAAUUGGCGACAGUCUGAUAGUUCUAGGGGAUUGAGUACUUCGGCAGUCUCCGAUAGGAAUCCGAGAUCGCUUUUUCGUGCCAGAAUAAACAGACUAUCUUUAGAUGCCUCACAUGAUUCUGGUUUUAUAUCUGGAAGAAAGGGGAGGGAUAGAGCCACACUGCCUUACGCUGAUUACCUUAAAACCCAGGAGGAUGAGGUAGCAGUGGAUCCUAUUGUUCGUGCUGUAGAGUGGAGUGAUGUUAGCUUGAGACAGUGGUUGGACAACUCUGAACGAUCUGUUGAUGUUCUUGAAUGCUUGCACAUAUUUACACAAAUAGUGGAGAUUGUUAACCUAGCACAUUCACAAGGAAUUGUUAUUCAAAAUGUGCGCCCUUCCUGCUUUGUCAUGUCUUCUUUUAACCGCGUGUCCUUUAUAGAGUCUGCUUCCUGUUCGGAUUCAGGUUCAGAUUCCUUUGAGGAUGGGUCAAACAGCCAUACUACCGAGUUUAAGGGUUCAUCUCCACCGUUGCCCCAUGAUUUACAUCAACAGAGAAGUCAGUUAGGUGCUGAAAUUUCCCAUUUCGAGAUUAAUUCUGCAAAUGCUAGGCAGAUUUUAUCAGAAAGUAGUUGCUUGCAGUCAGGUUCAGCCUAUGUGAUGCAAUCACUGGAAGAAGGCAGUAAUAUUGAGCAUGCAGAAGAAAAGAAAUAUCCCUUUCCAAUGAAAGAGAUAUUGCUUAUGGAAACCAAUUGGUACACUAGUCCAGAAGAGUUUGCCAGUGAGCCAAGUUCUUGUGCUUCCGACAUUUAUCGACUAGGGGUCCUUCUUUUUGAGUUAUUCUGUACAUUUACCUCGACAGAAGAAAAGAGCUCAACUAUGUCUAGUCUGAGACACCGUGUUCUUCCUCCUCAGUUGCUAUUGAAGUGGCCUAAAGAGGCUUCAUUUUGCCUAUGGUUGCUACACCCUGAGCCAAGUAGUCGGCCAAAGAUGGGUGCAUUGUUGGAAAGUGAAUUUCUUAAUGAACCAAGAGACAACUUGGAAGAACGUGAAGCAGCAGUAGAGCUUAGAGAGAGAAUAGAGGAGCAGGAAUUGUUGCUGGAAUUCCUUUUGCUGAUGCAACAAAGAAAAAAGGAAAUUGCAGAUAACUUGCAUGAUACAAUUUCCUUUCUGUCUUCUGAUAUAGAAGAAGUCACAACGCAUCAAACAGUUGUUAGGCAAAAAGGAAGCUCGUUUCCUGAGUUGGGUAAGGAUUCAGCUUCCGAUCUCCCUUCCAUGAAUAUUGUUGACAAUGAUGAUUCUUGUAGCUCUGGGUCCAGAAAACGGUUUAAACCUGGGCUUCACAUUCAUGAUGGAGAGGAAUGUGAUGAUCAUCUAGAUGAGGGUCAGAAGUCAGAGACACCUGCUGAAAAUAAAGAAAACAUUCUUUUUAAAAAUUCUCGAUUGAUGAAGAACUUCAAGAAACUGGAGUCGGCUUAUUUCUUGACAAGACGCAGGCCAGUUAAAUUAACUGGCAAACCAUUGUGCAGGCAUUCUCCAAUGAGUAGUGAUGGUAAAGGGUCUAUCGUUGUAAAUGAAAGAAGUUCUGUAAAUAAUUUGUCAUCAAAAGAGCGGCAUAGCAAGGGUAGGCAAAGUGGAUGGAUAAAUUCAUUCCUUGAUGGCUUGUGCAAGUAUCUGUCUUUCAGUAAGUUAAAUGUUAAGGCAGACUUGAAGCAAGGUGAUCUUUUAAAUUCUUCCAAUCUAGUUUGCUCUCUUAGUUUUGAUCGCGACGGAGAAUUUUUUGCAUCAGCUGGUGUAAAUAAGAAAAUCAAAGUAUUUGAAUAUAAUAGCAUCUUAAAUGAAGAUCGUGAUAUUCAUUAUCCAGUGGUUGAAAUGGCGAGUAGGUCAAAGCUAAGCAGCAUAUGUUGGAAUGGCUAUAUUAAGAGCCAGAUUGCUUCAAGUAAUUUUGAAGGUGUAGUGCAGGUAUGGGACGUCGCAAGAAGUCAAGUAUUUAUGGAAAUGAGAGAGCAUGAGAGACGUGUGUGGUCCGUCGACUUCUCAUUAGCAGAUCCUACAUUGUUGGCCAGCGGGAGUGAUGAUGGUUCUGUUAAGCUCUGGAAUAUCAAUCAGGGAGUAAGUGUCGGUACCAUCAAAACGAAGGCCAAUGUCUGCUGUGUCCAGUUCCCUCUGGAUUCUGGUCGUUCUCUUGCAUUUGGCUCAGCUGAUCAUAAAAUUUAUUACUAUGACCUCCGUAACUCAAAGAUGCCACUCUGUACAUUAAUUGGACACAACAAAACUGUGAGCUACAUCAAGUUUAUUGAUUCAACGAAUAUUGUUUCUGCAUCAACGGAUAACACACUGAAGCUUUGGGAUUUGUCAAUGUGCACAUCCCAGGUUCUUGACAGUCCUUUACAAUCAUUCACCGGCCACAUGAAUGUAAAGAAUUUUGUGGGGCUGUCUGUAUCGGAAGGUUACAUUGCUACAGGCUCGGAAACAAAUGAGGUGGUCAUCUACCACAAAGCCUUCCCCAUGCCUGUAUUGUCAUUCAAAUUCGGUAGCUCAGAUCCACUUUCUGGUGAAGAAGUGGAUGACCCUGCGCAGUUUAUAUCAUCUGUGUGUUGGCGUGGUCAAUCGUCCACCUUAGUUGCUGCAAAUUCCACAGGAAAUGUCAAGCUACUGGAGAUGGUCUAAUUUGGUCAAAUGCCAUUUGGGUUCUUGACUAUCCUGUCAGAAAGUUUUAAUGAAGUAUAUUGGGGAGAAUUGUUUUAACCGGGAUAAAUGGGAGGAGGAGCUCAAAGAGCGCUGAAAAAGAAAUUAACAAGGAUGGAAAGGGGAGAUGCUUGCACCUAGGAUUUUGCUGAGAUCUGCUUUAUUGAAGGUCAUAACAACAAAACAAAUUUUGGCAUUAAAUCAUAGUGAAUGCAGGUAAUGUGAAGAGUGAGGAUCUUUGAUCUCGUCGUGUAUUGUAGAUACAGAUUCAAAAGGGAAAAAAGGUGGCAAUUGGCGGUGUUAUAUAUUUUGUAAUGCUUACAGUUUUAGAGUCAUUCAUAAUAUAUGUAAUCUUCUUUUUCCCUUUUUUUUUUUUAAUUUUAUUUUUAUUCCCUA